AUGGCGCUCUCGUCGACCUUCUCCCUCCCGCGGGGCUUCCUCGGCGUGCUGCCUCAGGAGCACCAUUUCGCUCCCGCCGUCGAGCUCCAGGCCAGGCCGCUCAAGGCGCCGAGGAGGAGGACAUCCGGCAUUUCUGCGUCGCUGUCGGAGAGGGAAGCAGAGUACCACUCGCAGCGGCCGCCGACGCCGCUACUGGACACCGUCAACUACCCCAUCCACAUGAAGAACCUGUCCCUCAAGGAGCUGCAGCAGCUCUCCGACGAGCUGCGCUCCGACGUCAUCUUCCACGUCUCCAAGACCGGCGGCCACCUCGGGUCCAGCCUGGGCGUCGUCGAGCUCACCGUCGCGCUGCACUACGUCUUCAACACCCCGCAGGACAAGCUCCUCUGGGACGUCGGCCACCAGUCGUACCCGCACAAGAUUCUGACGGGGCGGCGCGAUAAGAUGCCGACGAUGCGGCAGACCAACGGGCUGUCCGGCUUCGUCAAGCGCUCCGAGAGCGAGUACGACAGCUUCGGCACUGGCCACAGCUCCACCACCAUCUCCGCCGCCCUCGGGAUGGCCGUCGGGAGGGACCUCAAGGGCGCCAAGAACAACGUGGUGGCGGUGAUCGGGGACGGGGCCAUGACGGCCGGGCAGGCGUACGAGGCGAUGAACAACGCCGGGUACCUCGACUCGGACAUGAUCGUCAUCCUCAACGACAACAAGCAGGUGUCGCUGCCGACGGCGACGCUGGACGGGCCGGCGCCGCCCGUGGGCGCGCUCAGCGGCGCCCUCAGCAAGCUGCAGUCCAGCCGGCCGCUCAGGGAGCUGAGGGAGGUGGCCAAGGGAGUGACGAAGCAGAUCGGCGGGUCGGUGCACGAGAUCGCGGCCAAGGUGGACGAGUACGCCCGCGGCAUGAUCAGCGGCUCCGGGUCGUCGCUCUUCGAGGAGCUCGGGCUCUACUACAUCGGCCCCGUCGACGGCCACAACAUCGACGACCUCAUCACCAUCCUCCGGGAGGUCAAGGGCACCAAGACCACCGGCCCCGUGCUCAUCCACGUCAUCACCGAGAAAGGCCGCGGCUACCCCUACGCCGAGCGAGCCUCCGACAAGUACCACGGCGUGGCCAAGUUCGAUCCGGCGACGGGGAAGCAGUUCAAGGUCCCGGCGAAGACGCUGUCCUACACCAACUACUUCGCGGAGGCGCUGAUAGCCGAGGCGGAGCAGGACAGCAAGAUCGUGGCCAUCCACGCGGCCAUGGGGGGCGGCACGGGGCUCAACUACUUCCUCCGCCGCUUCCCCAACCGGUGCUUCGACGUCGGGAUCGCGGAGCAGCACGCCGUGACCUUCGCGGCCGGCCUGGCCUGCGAGGGGCUCAAGCCCUUUUGCGCCAUCUACUCCUCGUUCCUGCAGAGAGGCUACGACCAGGUGGUGCACGACGUGGACCUCCAGAAGCUCCCGGUGAGGUUUGCCAUGGACAGGGCGGGGCUGGUCGGCGCCGACGGGCCCACCCACUGCGGGGCCUUCGACGUGGCCUUCAUGGCGUGCCUGCCCAACAUGGUCGUCAUGGCCCCGUCCGACGAGGCCGAGCUGCUGAACAUGGUGGCCACCGCCGCGGCCAUCGACGACCGCCCCUCCUGCUUCCGCUAUCCGAGGGGCAACGGCAUCGGCGUCCCGUUGCCGGAGAACUACAAAGGCACCGCCAUCGAGGUCGGCAAAGGCAGGAUCAUGAUCGAGGGCGAGAGGGUGGCGCUGCUGGGGUACGGGUCGGCGGUGCAGUACUGCAUGGCCGCCUCGUCCAUCGUGGCGCGGCACGGCCUCAGGGUCACCGUCGCCGACGCCAGGUUCUGCAAGCCGUUGGACCACGCCCUCAUCAGGAGCCUCGCCAAGUCCCACGAGGUGAUCAUCACCGUCGAGGAAGGCUCCAUCGGCGGCUUCGGCUCACACGUGGCUCAGUUCAUGGCCCUGGAUGGCCUUCUCGACGGCAAACUUAAGUGGCGGCCGAUGGUACUCCCCGACAAGUACAUCGACCAUGGAUCGCCGGCCGAUCAGCUGGUGGAGGCCGGGCUGACGCCGUCGCACAUCGCCGCGACGGUGUUCAACAUCCUGGGGCAGGCGAGAGAGGCCCUCGCCAUCAUGACGGUGCAGAAUGCCUAG